AUGCAUCACGCCGCGACAAACAGUGUAGCCGCAUUGGAGUUUGUGCACAAUAAGGACGCAAGCCUGAUCAACGAGGUAAGUGACGAUGGUGCCACAGUUCUCCAUCUCGCUGCAAUGAAGGGAAACGGGUACAUAUGCACGUGGCUGUUUGAUCACGGACAAAACAUCUUCGCCGUGAACGAAAGCAAUCAUGGGAAUUUCCUCCAUUACGCUGCUCAGAACGUGACAAACGGAUUCAGGAUCAUUCAUAUAUUUGGACCCAUACUCCGCGACAUUGUGAACCGAAUCGACAAAUACUUGUACACUCCUCUUCAUUGGGCCUUGGUCAACGAAGAUGAUGCAAAUGAAAUCGCUAGAGCUUUGCUAUACUAUGGCGCCGAUUUGAGCGUGAAAAGAAAUGGAAACAACUUCCUUCACUUCUGCAUCGUUAAGGGCAAGUUAAAGAGUGCCAAAUUCGUUCACGCCAUUGACAAAAAUCUGAUCAAGGAAAAGGGAGAGGAAGGAAAAACCACCCUGCACAUUGCUGCCGACCAUUUCAAUGAAGAAAUCUGCGCAUGGCUGGUGAGUGAGGGAGCCGAUCCUCAAGAAAUUACCGCCGGAGGAAAAACUGUGCUAGAAUCCACUUGCAGUGAGGAGGCCAGGAAGUUUCUCUGA